AUUUUGUAAGAGAAAUAGAAAGUCUCAAGCUAUUUCAUUUCCAUUUUCAUUCUCCUAUCUAGAGAAAAAAGGAGGAAUGGCCGCCAUGACACUUGAUCCAAGUUUGAGCCUUCAGAUGGCUGCCAAAGAAUCCCAACAAAGAGUUGUGAGUGAAGAAAUUGAUGGGCUAAUUAAGGUUUACAAAGAUGGUCAUGUGGAACGACCUGAUAUCGUGCCACGUGUCACUUGCUCGUUGCCUCCCGAGUUCGGAGUGACAUCUAGGGAUUUAAUCAUUGACAAGCACACAAAUAUCUGGGCACGUCUAUAUUUUCCAAAUUCUCAUGAGAAGCUCCCUUUGAUGGUAUAUUUUCAUGGUGGUGGAUUUUGUGUUGGUUCCGCCUCGUGGAGUUGCUACCACGAGUUUCUAGCAAAAUUAAGCGUGAAAGCCAAUUGUGCAAUCUUGUCAGUUAACUACCGUUUGGCCCCGGAAAAUCCUCUUCCGGCUGCAUACGAAGAUGGAGUCAAGGCGUUUGUUUGGCUAAGGCAACAAGCCUUGAGUCGGGAUAACGAAUUGUUGACGAGUAAAUGCAACUUUUCGAGCAUUUUCCUAGCUGGAGACAGUGCUGGUGCCAAUAUAGCCUAUAACGUGACCAUAAGGCUAUCCGGAUUGGCCAAUUUGAGGCCAUUAGACCUCAAGGGACUAAUCCUAAUACAACCCUUUUUCGGUGGAGAGUCAAGGACUCAAUCAGAGAAGUACAUGGUGCAACCACCACGCUCCGCCCUCACACUGGCGGCUUCAGACACUUACUGGCGGUUAUCCCUGCCAGCAGGGGCCAAUCGCGACCAUCCGUGGAGCAAUCCGGUGGCGAAAGGAGCUGCAAAAAUGGAGGACUUGCCUCAUGUGCCUACUAUGGUAUGUAUAUCAGAAAUGGACAUAUUGAAAGAUAGGAACUUGGAAUUUUGUGCAGCCAUGGGAAGUGCAGGUAAGAAAGUGGAAUAUGUGGUGUAUAAAGGUGUUGGCCAUGCAUUUCAGAUUCUCAGCAAGUCUUCUAUCUCGCAAACUCGUAUAAGUGAACUAAUUUGUCACAUCAAGUCCUUUAUCCGUAGAUGAACAGUUAAAAUUAUAGUGUUGUUUGGUAACAAGAUAUUAUGUAUGCUAAUGUAAUUCGAUGAAAUUAAUUAGCAAAAGAAAUUAUAGAAGGAAAUCAAAAAAAUAAAGGCGCGAGUUUCCCAUAGCUCUUUUGGGUUUUUCUCUCUUAUUUCAGCGUCAAAUAUUUCAGUUGUAAAGUUUUUUAUGAUGGCUAAUUAUGUUUGGUA